AGAGAGAGAGAGAGAGAGGUCCAAGCCCAAGCUGAUCUCUCUAUACUAGUUUUCUCUUGCUUGGUAAUUUCUUGGCUCUUUCUUUUUCUCUUUGGAGGAAGUUGGAGAUUGCGGAGAACUGCAUAAGUAUCUGCGUCGAGACAGAUUUAAAGACCAAAAGAAAAAGAGUUAUCGUCAUGGGAAACUGCUUUGCAGCGCCGGUGAGUAACCACCAUAGCCCAAGCACCACCAAACCUUCUAGCCCAUCUGAAAUAUCAAGAAACAUUAGCAAAGAAAGUGGGCGAUGGACAUCACAAAGCAGCAGUAAUGUGACACAAAAUGGAAACCUCGCUCAAAGCAACAUGGAGGAAACGACGCCUCGGACCGGAAGGGUCAUAACCCCGAAUCUGAAAGUGUUCACUCUUGCAGAACUAAAGAGUGCAACACGAAAUUUCAGACCGGAUACGGUGCUGGGCGAGGGAGGUUUCGGAAGAGUUUUCAAAGGUUGGGUGGACGUGAACACGUACGCGCCAUCCAAGGUCGGCGCUGGCAUGGCUGUUGCCGUCAAGAAAUCGAACCCCGACAGCCCCCAGGGGUUGAAAGAAUGGAUGGCGGAGGUGAAAUUCUUGGGGAAGUUCUCCCAUCCGAACCUAGUCAAGCUCCUGGGGUACUGUUGGGAAGACAAGGAGUACCUUCUUGUCUACGAAUAUAUGCAAAAGGGAAGCUUGGAAAACCACCUUUUCAAAAAAGGAGCUCCAGAACCACUUUCAUGGGAUAAAAGGCUUGACAUAGCAAUAGGAGCGGCUCGGGGGCUGUCUUUCCUGCACACAUCAGAGAAAUCUGUCAUAUAUCGCGAUUUUAAGACAUCCAAUAUACUGUUGGAUGGGGCCUACAAUGCAAAGCUUUCGGAUUUUGGGCUGGCAAAGUUGGGCCCGCUAAAUGGCAACUCGCACGUGACAACGCGUGUCAUGGGCACUUAUGGCUAUGCAGCUCCUGAAUAUGUUGCGACCGGUCAUUUGUAUGUAAAAAGUGAUGUCUAUGGAUUUGGCGUCGUAUUGCUAGAAAUGCUGACAGGCUUACGAGCACACGACACAAAUAGGGCCAGAGGCGAGUACGUCUUGGUGGAAUGGACUAGACCUUCUAUGUCCGACAAACAGAAACUCAAGAAAAAAAUGGACCCAAGGCUACGUGAACAUUACCCUCUAGAAGGUGCAUUCCAAGCAGCUCAAUUGAUACUAAAAUGUCUCGAAUCAGACCCCAAAAAUCGUCCAUCCAUGGAAGAAGUAUUACAAGAGUUAAUGAAGAUACGUGCCAUUAAAAUGACUGCAAAGGAAACAAAAGCCUGUGCAAAGCAUGGUGCCAAUAGACGCCAAGAGGUCAAAGAUACCAACCAUCGUCGGUAUCCCAUUCACCACAACUCCCACCAUAGCGAUCGGUCUCCGAUUCACCAGAGGCACGGUGCUAUUGGCGGCGGAGUUGGAGCUUAUCGUCACUAGUUCCUCCGGCUUAGAGAUCAUAAGUAUUUCUUCUAUGUAGUUUUUGAGUUUGUAAUAUACACGUCCAAGCUUGUAUUAGAAGGCUUAUCGUUGGCGUCUCUAGUUUGUCGCUACUUCACUCUGAAAAAUGCCUUCAACGAAAGGUAACUACAACAAAAAGGUUGGCUACUUCCUUCCGGCAGCGACACUAUCGACUUCGGGCCUUCGCCUCUGUCACUCAGCCCACUCAAACAUUGGGUCUAUUGCCGGCCCAUAACUAUGCUUGGAGUCCUGAACACGACCAUGAGUUGCAUACUUUUCCAAAAGGGUUCGCUUUGGUUCUUAUGGAAAAAUAUCGCUCAAAGUUAGAAAAAUAUAGUUAUAUAAAGUAAGUUUGAAGUAUAAAUCUAUGCAUCUUUUUGACAUAAUUAUAGAAAAGAGUGUUAUAGAAAAA